GAUAUUAAAUUCGCUCGUUCUGUUGAACUGUCGAAUUGCCGCUUCUCUGCGUUGAACCGUUGUCGUGGUUCACCGUUGUUGUGGUUCACCGUUGUUGUGGUUCACCGUUGUCGUGGUUCAGUGUCUGGCUACGUUUGUUGCCUUGAAUCCUUACGCGAGUUGCCCGAUUGUGAUUGA